AUGUCACAACCGGGUAUUGGGGAGCACUCUCCCCUUACCUUCAAACGAGCCGCGUUUGAAGACGACGCAGCUCCCAGCAAGUCGUCGUCCUCCUCCUCAUCAGCCACAAGCACAGUAAAGGCCCUCCUCGGCGUCCCCCGUCUGAUCUGGGACUUUACCGAGAGCAAUUUUUCCACCUUCGUGGCGCCCAACACCGCCUUCGGGCUCCUGGGCGGCCUGACCGGCUCGCCCCUGACCUCGGGGCAGGCGACGGCGCUCGCCGUGCUGCAGCGGUUCCCCCUCGUGGUCGCCUUCAACUGGUACAGCGUGCUCAUCUUCGACCUGGCCAACCAGAGGGGCUCCGAGUCCGUGGCGGAGGACCGCGCGAACAAGCCGUGGCGGCCCAUCCCCGCGGGCAAGGUCACGCAGGAGCAGACGCGCGCGGCGAUGCUCGUGGCGAUCCCCGCGGUGCUCGUCUUCAACUACGUGCUCGGCGUCUGGAGCGAGGGCGUCUUCAUCCUCAUCCUGACGUGGCUGUACAACGACCUCCGCGGCGGCGACACGCUCGCCCGCGACGCCAUCAUCGCGGUGGCGUACUUCCUCUUCAACACGGCCUCGCUCAAGAUCGCCAUAGGGGAUGUUGCUGCUGCUGCUGCCUCAGAGGGCGGCAACAGCAUCACGCGCGAGGGGUACCUGUGGGCGGGCAUCAUCAGCGCGGUGAUCCUCACGACGAUGCAGGUGCAGGACCUCAAGGACCAGGCGGGCGACGCGGGGCGCGGACGCAACACGAUACCCCUAUUCUUCGGGGAUUCUGCGUCGCGGGCGUCGCUGGCGGUGCUGGUACCGGCGUGGUCGUGCGUGUGCGUGUACUUCUGGGGCAUCCGGUCGUGGGGGGUGCUGCUGCCGGUGGUGUCUGGCGCCCUGGUGGUUGUCGGGGUGCUCCGGACGAGGACGCCGGAAACGGACGCCCGGGCAUGGAGGCUGUGGUGCCUGUGGACGGUGUGUCUGUACUCCCUACCGCUGUUCGGCGGUGCAGUUGGUGGUGGUGGUGACGGUUUCGUGUCGUUGGAGCACGUGUGA